AUGGCCAUCCCAGUCGGCCGCACUCUCUUCAAGAAGAAGGAUGGCAUCUUGACCCUCACCAGUGACCACCAGUCCGUCACUUGGACUCCCAACUCUGGUGGUCCUCCCACCGUCACACUAGUCGUAAACAACAUCACCAACCUUCAGCAGACCCCCGACACAUCGGCCAAAGUGAUGCUGAAAAUCUUCGAAAAGACUUCUGAAGCUGCUGAACCUGUCACCUACCUGUUCCACUUCAACACUGCCGAAGCUAAGGUUGAAGCAAAGGCCGUCAAGGAUCUCUUAUCUCGUCUGCUCGCAGAAACUCGCAGUGGCGAUGCCGGUGUUCCCAAGCCCGCCGCACCAAGUGCCGGCGAUUCAUCGACUCCAAAUGCCAAUGGCGGUUCGGGGAGUGGCUCCGCCUCCAUGUCCUUCGCCAGCGCUGCCAAUCCCAACCCCUCCUCCCUACGGUGGUUCGACGAUGCCCAGCUCAAGAAUGAUAUCGAGCUACAACAGUCCCUCAUGAGGAAUGAUACCAGUCUGCACCAAACCUAUGUCGAGGCCAUGCAAACCAAACCCGACUCCAUCUCGGGACCCGCCUUCAACUCGCAAUUUUGGUCUACCAGGACCAACCUUCUCCGGGCUCACGCCAUCGAGACCAACCAGAAGAAGGGUGCCUACAAUGUCCUGUCCACUGUCAAACCCCGGACAGUCGAUGGUGAGCUGAAGCUCAACAUUAGUGUCGAACAAGUGCAGAUGAUCUUUGUCCAGCACCCACUGGUGAAGCGCAUCUACAAUGAGAACGUGCCCAAGCUCCAGGAAGCCGAGUUCUGGUCUCGCUUCUUCCUCAGCAAGCUGUCCAAGAAGCUACGAGGCGAGCGCGUCAACGAAAACGACACAACAGAUCCAAUAUUUGACAAGUAUGAUGCCAAUGAGAACACCCAGACCUUCCAGAGCAAGAUCAUGUCACAGCAGGUUCCUCACAUCAUCGAUGUUGAGGCCAACGAGGAGAAUCAGGGUGGCUUCAGGAGCGGAAACGCCAAAGACGUCGAGAUGCGGCCGCGGACCAACUUCCCCAUCGUCAAGACUCUCAACAGCCUCAGUGAGAAGAUCAUGGCCAACGUUGCGCCUUCCGACGCGAACCCCGAAGACGGCAACGAGGCGUACGACACCUACAACGAGCUCGCCCUUCGUGAUCUCAGGGGCGAUGCCAAGGAGCACCGCAUCAUGCUCAAUGUGAAGGAGCAGAGUAAAUUCUUCUCCAAAAAGGACUCUGCGCCCUCGGCAAACGCACGCAUAUUUGCAAAGCAAAACACAGGCGACGUCCUCUUUGAGAUCCACGGUGAUCUCGAGACACUCGAGGGCGACGGCGCAGGCGGCAUCGACCUUCACCUAGGCAUCGGCUUCGAUGACGAGAGUGACAGUGACGACGACAGACCCAAACGGGCGCAUGUCGGCUCCCGUUCCGCCCUUCAAGCCGCCGACAAAGACGUCAUGAAGGGCGUCCGCCAGCAGCGCGCUCAGAAGUAUGGGCAUGAGUCAGACAUCACCACACCCAUGGGUCUUCCCGUCGAGCUCACCCGCAAGUGCAGCCUCACCCACGCCACCACGAUUGAGUUCCUUCACCAGUUCUGGAACGCCUUCCUCUCCGGCGACCCGGACCGCGCCGCUGAGUUGCAGUACCUCGCCGAGUCCCUCAACCGCUCCGCCACCCGCAUCGCCGCCAUGGCCGACGAGGCCGAGAAAGAACGCGACGAGAUCAUUCACACCCGCAAGAAGGAGAUCCGCGAUCACUUCCAGCGCACUGGCAAAAAGAUCCGCUGGAAAUCGGACAACGUUGGAGGUGGCCGGCCCGCCGUCAUGCGACUCAUGCAGCCGACCCUCGACGCCUUGGAGAAGGCCCAGGUCGACUAUCAGCGGGCUCUCGCAGCGGAGAAUAUCCAGGUGUCUACGGAAGCAUAG